UAAACAUUUUCGUUCAAAUGGAGGGCGCCAAUGUAACCGAGUUAAUUGAAGACAUCAAAUUGAAAUUAGUGAAAUUAUCCUGUCCAUAUGUUGAAAAUGUUGCAGAUUCCUGGCUACAAAAUUUGAUUUUCACUCCUGGAACAUCUCGAAUCAAUCUUCUGAAAUGGCUUUUAUCAAAAUGUGAUAUAGGGCUCUCUGAAAUUCUUCAUUCUUACAAUGCAACAGAUUUAAACCAUUUUGAAUCAGAUGCACAAAAUAUUUUGUCCAUGGUUUCGAGCCUAGGAUUGUGUUUUCCUGGGGACAUUGCCCUUGUUAAGGGAACAACAACAGGUCAAUCACAAAUGAUCUUCACAAAGACAUUAGUUGAUCUGGCAUCUGAACUGAACAAUCCUGAUGAGUUUGACAGUUGCACCUACACGAAGGGCAAUUCAUUAUCGGACAAAAUUGCCAAUAGACAGCCAAUAACCCUGUCUUACUGCAACAAAUCAAAUUUCCUCCCUGCAGACCUGCAGCACAUUCUUGACAUCAGGAUGGCUGACAGGUCUGCGAAAAAUUCUGUCAUCCCAGAUGUGAAUGAGUUGCAAUCAAAUUUGAAACAAUUGGACAGCAGGAUUGAAGCAUUGACAAGUAAAAUGAAAUUAAAUAGCAACCAGCCAGAGCAAGAAGCUAUAAAGGCAAACAGUGACAAGAAUGAGAUGAAGCUUGUUCUAUCAGAUCUGAAUAUGAUGAUGGCUUCAUUUGCCCACAGUUAUAAAGAUGUGAUGCAUCUGUGUCAGGCUGAUAAUACUAAAGAAUAUCAUCAGCUGAAUGAUGGCUUGCUGCAGGACUUCAGUGAGAAAAUUGAGAAAUUAAAUAACGUACUCAGCUCAUAUGGACCGAUCAAAUGUGACAUUGAGUCUACAUUCAACCAGCUUACAAAAAGCACUACCGACGAUAAAGAUGACCUUAAGAAAGCGUUGGAAAGUCUGACAGAGUACAACAAAACUCUUGAGAGAUCAUUAUUAUAUUCUAAAUAUACCCAUAAUGACUGAUUUAAAAAAUUUCUACUUGAGUUUGUACAAUGUACACUUGUUUGUAAAAAAAACUUCAUCUUGUAACCAUCAGCUGUACGUACUUAUCUUUCUUUAUACGCUUCAAACGUUUAAAACAUCCUUGGGACUCUUUCAAUAUUUAAUUAACCCGCAUUCAUCUGGAGCUUUCUCUCUGAUUAUUCGAUCAUGUAAACUUUAUAAGAUUGACUGUUAGCAAUU